AUGAUGAAGAGCUUGAUCUUAAUUGCGAUCACUAUUAUUGCUGGUGCGAUGGCAAUGAGUAUUAAGACGGAUGAUGAUUCAUGUCCAUUUCCUUCGCAGCUCAAACCCAAAUAUGAUUUCAGUUGGAAAUCAAAAAGUGGCGAAUGGCAAAAUUUAACUGCUACAACAGCCUAUAUGAUGCUUGCACUUUCCUGGAGUCCAACUUACUGUGCUACGCUAUCACAAGCAAAUCGUGACAAAGAAUUUCAAUGUAUGCCCAGCAAUGGAUUUGGUUUGAUUGUUCAUGGAUUGUGGCCUCAAGCAGCUAAAGCUCCUAAUGUUCGUGCCCAUCCACGUAAUUGUCGUGAUGAAGCACAACUGAAUGCAACAUUUGUGAAACGAUUUUUUUGUAUCAUGCCUUCAGAAGAUCUUAUGCAAGGCGAAUGGGAAAAACACGGCACUUGUUAUUAUAACCAACCAAUGGAUUAUUAUGUGAUUACAGAAAAAAUUUAUCAAGCUCUUCGUAUUCCAACAAAUAAUGUUAUGACAAGUUCAUCUGCAGUAGUGAUUAAAGAUGCUUUUCUCACUCUUAAUUCACCGGCACUAUUUGCAUCAGCUGUUCAAAUUGAUAUGUCAGGCAGUAAAUUGAAAGAAGUAAAAAUCUGUUAUGAUUUACAAUUUCGAUAUGCUAGUUGCACAUAA